AUGCCUCACGCGCUUACUUCUCGCGAUUCCGCGAUGGAGGCGAGACCGCUUGGUUCAUACGAACCAAGUGGGAUAGACGUCUUGAUCAUCGGAACCGGCCUGGCAGGUCUCGUCGCCGCCCUCGAAUGUAUUAGAAAGGGACAUAACGUUCGCGUUCUAGAGAAGAGUGACAGCAUCAACACAAAUGGUGAUAUGUAUUUUAUGGGCCUUAGUGCGACGCGUUUCCUCAAACACUGGCCGGAUUUGUUGAAGGAGUAUCACGAUAUCUCACUGCACAAUGCGUGGAUCGAGACAUUUAAGCACAGCGGCGAGGUCAUCAUCACACCAAAGAAGGUCGCAGACCGUUUGCGCGCUCAGGGCCUUGACCCUGAUACGCCGCCGGGCGAGUUUCAGAUGCGCCCGCUUGUUUACAAGAUGUUUGUAAGCGCAGUAGAGAGACACGGUGUGAGUGUAGAGUUCAACCGCAAGAUUGUAGAUUAUUUCGAGAACGAAAAGACUGGCAAGGCUGGCUGCGUGACCGACGAUGGCACAUCGUAUGAAGCCGAUGUUGUUAUCGCGGCUGAUGGUGUCGGAUCCAAGAGCCAAAAAUUAGUGGGCGGACAGGUCCGCGCAAAGCCGUCAGGUAGAGCCAUGUGGCGCGCAGCGUUUCCGAUUGAGCAUUUGGACAAGAACCUAGAGGUUAAGGAAGCCUUCAAGAUGAUGCCCAACAAGGAGCCAAUCGUAAGGACAUGGCUGGGGCCUUCGACGUACGCAUUGACCCUGACGCGUGAGGAUGUCAUGGUCUGGAUCAUGAACCACGAUGUUACUGGGUCCGAGAAGGAAAGUUGGAGCAACACCAUCGAUGCCGAGGAAGUGCUGCAGGGCAUGGACGAGAUGCCUGGUAUGGAGGUGAACAAAUGGGCACCCAUCUUCAAAGAUCUCGUCAAGGUCACACCCCCAGACACCAUUGUUAACUUCGAGCUUCUGUGGCGUAACCCUCAGCCCACCUGGACCUCGCCUGGAGCCCGCGUUAUCCAGAUUGGCGACGCUGCACAUUCCUAUCUCCCCGCCUCGGGUAACGGAGCCACCCAGGCCAUCGAGGAUGCCGUCUCAAUAGCAUCUUGCCUACAAAUCGGUGGUCGAGAGAAGAUUCCACAGUCGGUGCGCACACACAUUCGCUUCAGGUUCAUCCGAAACUCGUGCGCACAGAAGCUGGGCUUCUCCAACGCCGAGCUUCUCCAGGACACCGACUGGGACAAGGUCAAACUCGACCCGCGCCGCGCUGCACCCAAGCUACCCAAAUGGGUGUGGUCUCACGACCCGGAAGCAUAUGCCUACGAGAACUAUGACAAGGCUGCUGCCAGCAUGAAGAAGGGCAUUAAGAUGGAGGAUGAGACAAGCUUCGAGCCGAACUAUCCCAAGGGUUACAAGUAUGUACCAUGGACCAUUGAGAAGAUUAUGGAGGACAUGAGGGCAGGAAAGCCGAUUGACCUGGGCCCGGGUGACUGGGAGUAG